GCGUCAUUAGCCAUUACCGCAUUCUUGUGAAGUCACGUGAUUUAGCCAAGUCGUCGAUGUUCGUCUGUUCAUCAUGAUCGUUGAUUAGCCCGAGAACGUUAUUUGUGACAUGAAACUUAUAGGAGUGACCGGGAAUCGGAGAAGACCGGGAAUCGGAGAGUUCACUGUAUUAACUCAUCUUCACUGUAUUAGCUUGUCUUCAACAUAGCGUCUUUAUAUGGUUCCUUGUGUAUCAAUAAAGAGUGGACUGAUGGAGCAAAGAAAGAGUUUAUGUGGUUGUGAUUCAAAGAUAUAGAUAUGGACACAGCAAGCUCCACAUAUAGUACACAUAAGUGUUCUAAGUGUCCGGGGGACACAGAGUACCAUUGUGUAUCGUGUCCAUGUGAUCUGUGUCCCCAGUGUAAAGAGAACCAUGUAAAAGAUCUCCAAACAAUAGACCAUGAUGUUGUGUCACACCGUGAUAAAAUCAACUACAUCCCAACAGAAGAGAUCUGUGUGAGACAUCCUGGCCAUGUUUAUAUAAAGUACUGUGAACCUUGUCAAGUUCCUGUGUGUGAUUCUUGGUUUGGACAUAUAUCACACAAACUCCUUGUCAGAAGUUUUCUCUGUGGACAAAAAAAGCAGAACAUUCUGGAUAUACAAACCGCUAAUAAAACAAAACGACAACAACACAGAGGAAUCAUUCACACAAUCAGAAGUGAGGCUCUCUUUUACAGACCUGUUCUCCUGACAGGAAUCAAAAUUGAUUUCAAAACCUGUCACACAGAAUUCUCCCUCUAUCGAUCAGAGAUGUUAACAAAGGCCCAGACACUGAAGAAUCGCAUUAACAAAGUGAGAAAAGAUUUCAUGAAAAAUGUGUUUUGUGACUUUGAUUUCAAACACAGAUGUUUAAAACAGAUGAUAGAAAUGAGCAGACAUAUUGUCAGCCUUCAGGAAUAUGAACUUAGAUAUGUACAGCCAGUAUUCACAUUCAGUGCACUACAAUUCCUCGCAUUCAUAAAGACAGCCCUCUCCCAAAUACAUCUUACACUCCACACCAGCCAGCUCUCCAUGACUGAGUCACUCAAUAAGGAGGAUGUGAUGGAGUCACUGAGUGCAAUCCAAAUCACAGAGAGAGGAAACCGACGCGUAGGAAACCAGUGUCUGCUGAAACUGACAUCUGGUGCCGAGUUCCAUCAAUCUCUCACAGCGACAGGUGUUGAUCGUUGUUAUCACAUUUCCUGUGUGACAUCAGACCGGGUCUGGGUCAGUGAUGAUUGGAGAAACAAUCUCAUGUUGACAGACACAACAGGUGUCCCUCUACAUCGUGUGAAGUAUUUAUGUAGAGAUUAUAAUAGAGGAUUACACACAGUGAACAGUGAGAGUGAAUUGAUUUAUAUAGAUAGGAAUUAUAACAUCAACAAACUGUCAAAGGAUAUGAAAACAACCACCACAUUUAUAGAGAGAACAGUCGCUACAUGGAGACCACGGUGUGUGUACUGGUCCCCGUCCACUGGGGAUCUACUGGUCGGGAUGGAUAACGAUGAUACAGGGACAGGCAAGGUAACCCGGUACAACCAGAGUAAACAACUCACACAUACCAUACAGAACAACAACAAAGGAUGUGGACUGUAUAGACAACCUAGCUAUAUAACAGAGAACAACAAUGGGGAUGUCGUGGUGUCUGACUAUAUAGACUAUAGGUCUGGUAUUGUAGUGGUGACAAAGCAUGGAGGAAGACAUCGUUUCUCCUACACAGGACAUCCAUCAGGAUCAGAACUACAGCCACGUGGAAUCUGUACUGACGCGCUGUCACACAUCCUGGUGUGUGAUGGUAGAACCCACACAGUACAGAUGUUAGACAGGGACGGUCAGUUCCUGUCACAUCUACUGAUAAGACCAUCAGGGAUAUUCUCACCACACAGCCUGAGUUAUGAUAUCAACACUCACCGUCUCUGGGUCGGAUCAGGGGACAACAAGACGGUGGUUAUAUACAGAUAUAUCACCAGACAGGACGCUCUGACAGAUCUAAAUCCAGCCACUGCUGAUGUGAUGGAGUCACUGAGUAAAAUCCCAACCACAGGGACAGAAAAACCACAGCAAGAAAACCAGUGUCUGCUGAAACUGAUGUCUCCCCCCGAGUUACUUUCCUCUCUCACAGUGACAGGUGUUGAUUAUUGUGAUCACAUUUCCUGUGUGACAUCAGACCGGGUCUGGGUCAGUGAUCAUAGAUACAAUCUCAUGUUGACAGACACAACAGGUGUCCCUCUACAUCGUGUGAAAGAUUCAUAUAGUGAUUAUGGAGGAUUACACACAGUGAACAGUGAAAGUGAACUGAUUUAUAUAGAUAGGAAUUAUAACAUCAACAAACUGUCAAAGGAUAUGAAAACAACCACCACAUUUAUAGAGAGAACAGACGCUACAUGGAGACCACGAUGUGUGUACUGGUCCCCGUCCACUGGGGAUCUACUGGUCGGGAUGUAUAACGAUGAUACAGACACAGGAAAGGUAACCCGGUACAACCAGAGUGGACAACUCACACAAACCAUACAGGACGACAACACAGGUCUGACACUGUAUGGUGGACUUAGCUAUAUAACAGAGAACAACAAUGGGGAUGUCGUGGUGUCUGACUAUAUCUAUAGGUCUGGUGCUGUAGUGGUGACAGAGCGUGGAGGAAGACAUCGUUUCUCCUACACAGGACAUCCAUCAGGAUCAGGACUAUUGCCAUAUGGAAUCUGUACUGACGCGCUGUCACACAUCCUGGUGUGUGAUGGUACAACCAAAACAGUACAGAUGUUAGAAAAGGACGGUCAGUUCCUGUCACAUCUACUGAUAAGGCCAUCAGGGAUAUUCUCACCAUACAGCCUGAGUUAUGAUGUCAACACUCACCGUCUCUGGGUCGGAUCAGGGGACAACAAGACGGUGGUUAUAUACAGGUAUAUCACCAGACAGGACGCUCUGACAGAUCUGAAUCCAGCCACUGCUGAUGUGAUGGAGUCACUGAGUGAAAUCCCAACCACAGGGACAGAAAAACCACAGCAAGGAAACCAGUGUCUGCUGAAACUGAUGUCUCCCCCUAAGUUACUUCACUCUCUCACAGUGACAGGUGUUUAUGGUUGUUAUCACAUUUCCUGUGUGACGUCAGACCGGGUCUGGGUCAGUGAUGAUGACAAUCUCAUGUUGACAGACACAACAGGUGUCCCUCUACAUCGUGUGGAGGAUUCAUGUAGUGGUUAUGAUAAAGGAUUACACACAGUGAACAGUGAGAGUGAACUGAUUUAUAUAGAUAGGAAAGAUAACAUUAACAAACUGUCAAAGGAUAUGAAAACAACCACCACAUUUAUAGAGAGAACAGACUCUACAUGGGAACCACGGUGUGUGUACUGGUCCCCGUCCACUGGGGAUCUACUGGUCGGGAUGUUUAAAGAUGAUACAAAGACAGGCAAGGUAACCCGGUACAACCAGAGUGGACAACUCACACAAACCAUACAGAACGACAACACAGGACUGGGGCUGUAUAAUGAACCUCACUAUAUAACAGAGAACAACAAUGGGGAUGUCGUGGUGUCUGACUUUGACUAUCCGUCUGGUGCUGUAGUGGUGACAGAGCGUGGAGGAAGACAUCGUUUCUCCUACACAGGACAUCCAUCAGGAUCAGAAUUAUGGCCAUGGGGAAUAUGUACUGACGCGCUGUCACACAUCCUGGUGUGUGAUGAUACAACCAAAACAGUACAGAUGAUAGACAUGGACGGUCAGUUCCUGUCACAUCUACUGAUAAGACCAUCAGGGAUAUUCUCACCACACAGCCUGAGUUAUGAUGUCAACACUCACCGUCUCUGGGUCGGAUCACGGUCCAACAACACGGUGGUUAUAUACAGGUAUAUCACCAGACAGGACGCUCUGACAGAUCUGAAUCCAGCCACUGCUGAUGUGAUGGAGUCACUGAGUGAAAUCCCAACCACAGGGACAGAAAAACCACAGCAAGGAAACCAGUGUCUGCUGAAACUGAUGUCUCCCCCCGAGUUACUUCACUCUCUCACAGUGACAGGUGUCCGUCGUUGUUAUCACAUUUCCUGUGUGACAUCAGACCGGGUCUGGGUCAGUGAUUAUAGAAACAAUAUCAUCUUGACAGACACAACAGGUGUCCCUCUACAUCGUGUGGCGGAUUCAUGUAGUGAUUUAUAUGGAUUACACACAGUGAACAGUGAGAGUGAACUGAUUUAUAUAGAUAGGAAUUCUAACAUCAACAAACUGUCAAAGGAUAUGAAAACAACCACCACAUUUAUAGAGAGAACAGACUCUACAUGGAGACCACGGUGUGUGUACUGGUCGCCGUCCACUGGGGAUCUACUGGUCGGGUUGUAUAUCUAUAGGGCAGUGACAGGCAAGGUAACCCGGUACAACCAGAGUGGACAACUCACACAAACCAUACAGAACGACAACACAGGUAUGGGACUGUAUAGUGGACCUAACUAUAUAACAGAGAACAACAAUGGGGAUGUUGUGGUGUCUGACUAUGAUGAUGACUUUGACUAUGUCUCUGGUGCUGUAGUGGUGACAGAGCGUGGAGGAAGACAUCGUUUCUCCUACACAGGACAUCCAUCAGGAUCACAACUAUGGCUACAUGGAAUCUGUACUGACGCGCUGUCAAACAUACUGGUGUGUGAUCUUAAAACCAAAACAGUACAGAUGUUAGACAGGGACGGUCAGUUCCUGUCACAUCUACUGAUAAGACCAUCAGGGAUAUUCAGACCACACAGCCUGAGUUAUGAUGUCAACACUCACCGUCUCUGGGUCGGAUCACGGGACAACAACACGGUGGUUAUAUACAGGUAUAUCACCAGACAGGACGCUCUGACAGAUCUGAAUCCAGCCACUGCUGAUGUGAUGGAGUCACUGAGUGAAAUCCCAACCACAGGGACAGAAAAACCACAGCAAGGAAACCAGUGUCUGCUGAAACUGAUGUCUCCCCCCGAGUUACUUCCCUCUCUCACAGUGACAGGUGUUGAUCGUUGUGAUCACAUUUCCUGUGUGACAUCAGACCGGGUCUGGGUCAGUGAUAAUAGAAACAAUCUCAUGUUGACAGACACAACAGGUGUCCCUCUACAUCGUGUGGAGGAUUCAUGGAGUGGUUUAUAUGGAUCACACACAGUGAACAGUGAGAGUGAACUGAUUUAUAUAAAUAGGAAUUAUAACAUCAACAAACUGUCAAAGGAUAUGAAAACAACCACCACAUUUAUAGAGAGAACAGACUCUACAGGGAGACCACAGAGUGUGUACUGGUCCCCGUCCACUGGGGAUCUACUGGUCGGGAUGUAUAACUAUAGGACAAAGACAGGCAAGGUAACCCGGUACAACCAGAGUGGACAACUCAUACAAACCAUACAGAACGACAACACGGGUAUGGGACUGUAUAGUGAACCUCACUAUAUAACAGAGAACAACAAUGGGGAUGUCGUGGUGUCUGACUUGUACAGUGCUGUAGUGGUCACAGAGCGUGGAGGAAGACAUCGUUUCUCCUACACAGGACAUCCAUCAGGAUCAGGACUAUUGCCAAGUGGAAUCUGUACUGACGCGCUGUCACACAUCCUGGUGUGUGAUGAUAGAACCAAAACAGUACAGAUGUUAGACAUGGACGGUCAGUUCCUGUCACAUCUACUGAUAAGUCCAUCAGGGAUAUUCAGACCAUGUAGCCUGAGUUAUGAUGUCAACACUCACCGUCUCUGGGUCGGAUCAUGGUACAACAAGACGGUGGUUAUAUACAGGUAUAUCACCAGACAGGACGCUCUGACAGAUCUGAAUCCAGCCACUGCUGAUGUGAUGGAGUCACUGAGUGAAAUCCCAACCACAGGGACAGAAAAACCACAGCAAGGAAACCAGUGUUUGCUGAAACUGAUGUCUCCCCCCGAGUUACUUCCCUCUCUCACAGUGACAGGUGUUUAUUGUUGUUAUCAUAUUUCCUGUGUGACAUCAGACCGGGUCUGGGUCAGUGAUUGGAGAAACAAUCUAUUGUUGACAGACAGAACAGGUGUCCCUCUACAUCGUGUGGAGGAUUCAUGGAGUGGUGGUUUAUUUGAUGGUAAAGGAUUACACACAGUGAACAGUGAGAGUGAACUGAUUUAUAUAGAUGAGGAUUAUAACAUCAACAAACUGUCAAAGGAUAUGAAAACAACCACCACAUUUAUAGAGAGAACCGACUAUACAUGGGAACCACGGUGUGUGUACUGGUCCCCGUCCACUGGGGAUCUACUGGUCGGGAUGUAUAACGAUAAUACAAAGACAGGCAAGGUAACCCGGUACAACCAGAGUGGACAACUCACACAAACCAUACAGAACAACAACACAGGACUGGGACUGUAUAGAGAACCUAACUAUAUAACAGAGAACAACAAUGGGGAAGUCGUGGUGUCUGACUUAUUCAGUGCUGUAGUGACAGAGCGUGGAGGAAGACAUCGUUUCUCCUACACAGGACAUCCAUCAGGAUCAAAACUAUGGCCACGUGGAAUCUGUACUGACGCGCUGUCACACAUCCUGGUGUGUGAUGAUACAACCAACACAGUACAGAUGUUAGACAGGGACGGUCAGUUCCUGUCACAUCUACUGAUAAGACCAUCAGGGAGAUUCUCACCAUGGAGCCUGAGUUAUGAUGUCAACACUCACCGUCUCUGGGUCGGAUCAGGGGACAACAACACGGUGGUUAUUUACAGGUAUAUCACCAGACAGGACGCUCUGACAGAUCUGAAUCCAGCCACUGCUGAUGUGAUGGAGUCACUGAGUGAAAUCCCAACCACAGGGACAGAAAAACCACAGCAAGGAAACCAGUGUCUGCUAAAACUGAUGUCUCCCCCCGAGUUACUUCCCUCUCUCACAGUGACAGGUGUUGAUGGUUGUUUACACAUUUCCUGUGUGACAUCAGACCGGGUCUGGGUCAGUGAUGAUAGAUACAAUCUCAUGUUGACAGACACAACAGGUGUCCCUCUAUAUCGUGUAGAGGAUCUAUGUAGUGAUUUAUAUGGAGGAUUACACACAGUGAACAGUGAGAGUGAACUGAUUUAUAUAGAUAGGAAUUAUAACAUCAACAAACUGUCAAAGGAUAUGAAAACAACCACCACAUUUAUAGAGAGAACAGACUAUACAUGGAGACCACGGUGUGUGUACUGGUCCCCGUCCACUGGGGAUCUACUGGUCGGGAUGUAUAACUAUGAUACAAAGACAGGCAAGGUAACCCGGUACAACCAGAGUGGACAACUCACACAUACCAUACAGAACGACAACACAGGUAUGGGACUGUAUAGUUUCCCUAUCUAUAUAACAGAGAACAACAAUGGGGAUGUCGUGGUGUCUGAUGAUGGUACUGUAGUGGUGACAGAGCGUGGAGGAAGACAUCGUUUCUCCUACACAGGACAUCCAUCAGGAUCAGGACUAGAGCCACGUGGAAUCUGUACUGACCCGCUGUCACACAUCCUGGUGUGUGAUGAUACAACCGAAACAGUACAGAUGUUGGACAGAGACGGUCAUUUCCUGUCACAUCUACUGAUAAGACCAUCAGGGAUAUUCUCACCAUGGAGCCUGAGUUAUGAUGUCAACACUCACCGUCUCUGGGUCGGAGCAGGGUACAACAACACGGUGGUUAUAUACAGGUAUAUCACCAGACAGGACGCUCUGACAGAUCUGAAUCCAGCCACUGCUGAUGUGAUGGAGUCACUGAGUGAAAUCCCAACCACAGGGACAGAAAAACCACAGCAAGGAAACCAGUGUCUGCUGAAACUGAUGUCUCCCCCCGAGUUACUUCCCUCUCUCACAGUGACAGGUGUUAAUUGUUGUGAUCACAUUUCCUGUGUGACAUCAGACCGGGUCUGGGUCAGUGAUGAUAGAAACAAUCUCAUGUUGACAGACACAACAGGUGUCCGUCUACAUCGUGUGGAGGAUUCAUGUAGUGAUAUUAAUAUAGGAUUACACACAGUGAACAGUGAGAGUGAACUGAUUUAUAUAGAUGAGGAUUAUAACAUCAACAAACUGUCCAAGGAUAUGAAAACAACCACCACGUUUAUAGAGAGAACAGACUCUACAUUGGAACCACGGUGUGUGUACUGGUCCCUGUCCACUGGGGAUCUACUGGUCGGGAUGUUUAACGAUGAUACAAAGACAGGCAAGGUAACCCGGUACAACCAGAGUGGACAACUCACACAAACCAUACAGAACGACAACAAAGACCUGGGACUGUAUAAUAUACCUUGCUAUAUAACAGAGAACAACAAUGGGGAUGUCGUGGUGUCUGAUAAUGAUGCUGUAGUGGUGACAGAGCGUGGAGGAAGACAUCGUUUCUCCUACACAGGACAUCCAUCAGGAUCAGGACUAGGUCCACGUGGAAUCUGUACUGACCCGCUGUCACACAUCCUGGUGUGUGAUGGUAGAACCAAAACAGUACAGAUGUUAGACAGGGACGGUCAGUUCCUGUCACAUCUACAGACAGAGAUGGAUGAACCAUGGAGCCUGAGUUAUGAUGUCAACACUCACCGUCUCUGGAUCGGAUCAUGGGACAACAACACGGUGGUUAUAUACAGGUAUAUCACCAGACAGGACGCUCUGACAGAUCUGAAUCCAGCCACUGCUGAUGUGAUGGAGUCACUGAGUGAAAUCCCAACCCCAGGGACAGAAAAACCACAGCAAGGAAACCAGUGUCUGCUGAAACUGAUGUCUCCCCCCGCGUUACUUCACUCUCUCACACUGACAGGUGUUGGUGAUUGUCAUCACAUUUCCUGUGUGACAUCAGACUGGGUCUGGGUCAGUGGUAAUAGAAACAAUCUCAUGUUGACAGACACAACAGGUGUCCCUCUACAUCGUGUGGAAGAUUCAUGUCGUUAUUUAUAUGGAGGAUUACACACAGUGAACAGUGAGAGUGAACUGAUUUAUAUAGAUGAGGAUUAUAACAUCAACAAACUGUCAAAGGAUAUGAAAACAACCACCACAUUUAUAGAGAGAACAGACUCUACAUGGAGACCACGGUGUGUGUACUGGUCCCCGUCCACUGGGGAUGUACUGGUCGGGAUGUAUAACGAUGAUACAAAUACAGGCAAGGUAACCCGGUACAACCAGAGUGGACAACUCACACAAACCAUACAGAACGACUACACAGACCUGGGACUGUAUAGUAAACCUAACUCUAUAACAGAGAACAACAAUGGGGAUGUCGUGGUUUCUGACUAUAACUAUUGGUCUGGUGCUGUAGUGGUGACAGAGCGUGGAGGAAGACAUCGUUUCUCCUACACAGGACAUCCAUCAGGAUCAGGACUACAGCCACAUGGAAUCUGUACUGACCCGCUGUCACACAUCCUGGUGUGUGAUGGUAGAACCAAAACAGUACAGAUGAUAGACAGGGACGGUCAGUUCCUGUCACAUCUACUGAUAAGACCAUCAGGGAUAUUCUCACCAUACAGCCUGAGUUAUGAUGUCAACACUCACCGUCUCUGGGUCGGAUCACAGUUUCCCAACACGGUGGUUAUAUACAGGUAUAUCACCAGACAGGACGCUCUGACAGAUCAACACACACCCUGUCCUGGUGGGGACGCCUUAUUCAGCUCAACACCAGCCGUAGAAUAGAGAUAGCUUGGAUAUUGACAGAUGGGCCAAUUUUACCUGACCAUGAGGGGAGAAAAUAGAACACCUUCCUUGAAAUCCUUACAGAGGAAGACAGAAAACAGACAUUGGCUACGUAGACCACUCACUGCAAUAUGACGUCAUUAUCUUCAAGUACGCACUGACCCGAGUCACUCAUGUAACCUAUUACAAUGUGUCUUUAUCUGUCAUCGUGUGGUGUGUGUCGUCCGUCUUUCCUUUACAAUUUUACAUUUUGAACUUCUUCUGGAAAACUACACGGCCAAUUGUUACCAUAUUUGAUGUGAAACAUUGCUACAAUAAGAAGAAUUUAAAUUUAAUAUUACUGGAUUAUCCGCUGAGUGACCGAUAUCUGGACUUGUUUUAAAUAUCGCGCCAUUAUUUGAACCUGUGUUUUGUGUACAUGAACUAUACAGUAAUUACUUAUUAUUCUCUUAUCAUUUUUAUUUCACAGUAUGUUAUCUGUUCAAAAUAGUAAUUUGUCAUUUUACAUUGAUAUCAAUUGUUUGAACCGAGUUUUCCAAAGGAGAAAUCGAGUUAUUGAAAUGGUGAAAGGGGCACGUCGGCGGGCAGCUGCGAGAAGGGUACCCCUAUUGUACUGCAGAUCAAUUGUACAUAUAUCAGAGAUGUGCAUAAAACUUGGAUUUUUUGUUGUUGUAAAUUUAUAUAAAAAAAUACCAGCUGUUGAACUUGGUCAAUUUUACGCAGAAUAUUGCAUAUAGGGUACCCCCAUUUUACAGAUAACUCUUCAUAACUCUUCAUACAGUUUUUAAGAUAGGUAGUUGUUGUCUUGUAGAUCAAUUGUACAUAUAUUAGAGAUGUGCAUAUAACUUGGAUUUAUAUUUUGAUUAUUUAUGUGUACAUAUAUCAGAGAUGUGCAUAUAACUUGGAUUUAUAUUUUGAUUAUUUAUGUGUACAUAAACUCUACAGUAAUUAGUUUUUAUACUCCCUUACAUGGCUUAUCGGUUAUAUCUUAGUAUGAGAGUAGUAAAUUCUCAUCUGACAGUAUGUAUUUAAUUCUUUUGAAUGCUUUUAUAAUACCCAGUAAUUUAGUGAUGGGAAAAAGAUGUUACUUAAAAUUGGGGCUUAUAUCUGAGGAUUUUUUAUUUUUCCUAUUUGCAAAGAAUAACUUUUGUUUAUUGAUUAAACAUCAUAUUCAAAGGGGAGUAACUCAAAUUUGAGUUCUUCAAUUACAAACGAAUAAAGAGUUAUUCCCCUUUUUGUAAUAUUUUUUAGAUAGUUUCACCUAGAACUGGUUGUUGACCCCUGACAUGCUUUUCUCUGAAAGUUAAUUGAAUAUCAGUAAAUAUAAUUAUAAGAUUUUUAAAAAUGCCCUUAAUAAGAAUAUUAUUGGUGGAUUUAGCACAUUUCUUUAUAUUGAUCAUGUAAAUAGAAAACUCGUGUUUAUGUAAAUAGUUUUUGAACAAUAUUGUAACUAAGUUAAAGUGUACUGCUUUUUUUUUCUUCAAUUUUUUUUCUGUCUAUUUACGUUAACCUUGAAUUACAUAAUACUUAUAUACACAUUAUUGUUGGUGAGUUGUAGCAAGCUGUAGAUAGCACUCAAUAAAUGUGAUAUUUAUUCAUA